AUGGAUGAAAUUCCUGCCUUUAUCCAUUCGAUGCACAUGGAUCUGCUCGAGGGUGAAGCUGCCAUGGCCACGAUGUCCGACGGUGACGACGAAAAUAUGUUAAUAAAUGAAGAUCUUGUCGAUGACGAUGAGCAAAGCAACGAUGAGCGUACUGAGGCCCCUCCUCCUUCGUUUGAACUCAGGCUCUAUAGGGCAUUGGAGGACUUCGAGAAUUACCAAGGCACCUUCGCUUUCUCAUCUACAUAUUCAGCGGUUCCGAAUCCCGGCCUCAAAGUAAAAGGCCUUGAUGGAUCUUGCCUGAGACUACCAGUUUCUACCGAAGAUGCAGUGAAAUUGUCAGAAUUAGGAAAGCUUUCCCCAUUUGGGAAAGGGGAACAAACCAUAAUUGACCCGACAGUCCGAAGUAGUCGCCAACUCGACCCCUCAGAGCUCGAGUUCGAAAAUCCUCGAUUCACAGAUUGGCUUCAGGGCCCUGUGCUGAGUGAGAUUGGUACUGCCCUUGGUAUCGGUACCGAAAUGAGAUCAAAGCUUAAUUUGUACAAACUUUUGGUUUAUGAGAAAGGAGACCAUUUCAAAACUCAUAGAGACACCCCGAAGGAAGAUGGCAUGAUUGGAACUGUCGUUGUCAUCCUUCCCAGUGUGUUUGAAGGAGGAAUUGUCAAGCUUUCCCACGCUGGCCAAGAAAUGUCGUUUGAUUUCGCUCGGGAUUGCAACUAUAGUUUUGGAGUUGCAGCAUGGUAUUCGGAUGUUGAGCAUGCGGUGGAAGAGGUUACUGGGGGGUAUAGAGUUGCUUUAGUUUACAACCUUACAGUUGAAGGGGGCUCUUUGUCGGCAUCUGGAACAGCUGUCAGAUCAGGGCUCCUGGAGCUUUUAGAGGAGCUAAAGGAAAGAGAAGACCCGGUAGCUUACUCACUUGAAAAUAAGUAUUCGUUAGCUCAGAGGAGACUCGGGUUCAAAGGUAAAGAUCGCUAUGUUAUCUCCAAUUUAAUAGCGGGAAUGAACAAAGUUGGGGGUAUUUCGAUGUGCUGUGGGGAUGUGCAAAUCAAACUAUCAGAGGAUGAAGAAGAAAUGGAUGAAAAUUAUGAGAAUGAGGAUGAAGACGAGGCGCCUAACUUUAAUAGGACUCGUGGCGUGAAUGCACACGUUGAAAUUAUUCUGACGGGUAUCGAACACAUCGCUGGUACUUACCGACAUUUUGGUUCCGGCCAAAUCCCUUGGUUGACUAAGUUAUACUCCUUGGGGCCUUCUCUAGACGAGAUUGAGAGCAUCAACCAAGAAGAGGAGUAUACCGGAAAUGAGGGAACCUUGAUCCAUACAUGGUACAAAACAUCUUGCAUUAUUCUAUGGCCAACGUCGGAAGCCGAAUCGAUUGUCCAACAGAUCAAAGAACCACUUUUGCAAUGGGAUACCGUCCUAAAUAUCGUAUCACCGAAGUCGCCUCCCCUUACAACAGCGGGAGAAGGGGACCCUCUCUUAGUCAUAAAGCUAUUGGCAUUUCUUGAGAGAUGUAUUUGUUUUCCACCACCAGAUGACAAGAUCCAGCGUGCGGGCGAGCUCCUCUAUAGCAUGUUUCAAAGUGUGGGGAAAGAUGAUAUUGAGAUGAUCGAGAAGUCCAGUCUCUUCGAGUACGCGAAUCUGGUGGCGCCGUGGAGGCCAGUAGGAAGAGGGGUUGAACCAGUCCCCAAUCCCUCGAAGGAAGGCUUAUUGCGUCUCCUAAAACUGAAGGCUUUGUUCCCAAAAAAUCUACCGAUUUCAUUUGACCCUACUGUGAAGAAGAUUCUUGGGCUACGCUAUGUCGUGCUUAGUCCCAGUGUUCUUUGCAAGUUAUUGGAAACAUAUCAAGACACACCACAAGAAGAAGUAAUUGAGCUUUUUGAGUCUACAUUUACCGGGCAUCCGAAUGUAAACUUGCUUGAAGAUCUAUAUAAAAAAGUAGAGAAUGGGUACCCAAAUGGUUCGCCGGUCCACGCGUUACUAAACAGUAUCCCCCACCAUACCUUCCAUGAAUUUAUCAUCGCCGGGCUGAGGCAGCGGUUUGCAUUGUACUAUGCGGAAACGGAAGACUUCCGUUUUCGACUGGAUCAAAGUGGUUUCAGUAACGAUUAUCACCCAAUGGGGUAUAGUGUGUCGAAUACAGAAGCUACUUCAAGUUCUAUCUGGCAAGGGAUUGAUCCUUCAAUAAACCGGAUCACAAAUUAUUUACGUUUCCUCGAUGAACAGGCCGAACCCCAUCGGUCACGCCUUAUUACGCUCUUUACGGAUGCCAUUUUGAUUCCGCUUGAAAAGAUGGUAUCCGUAUCAGACGACGAGAUGCAAAGAUGGAGACGUUAUCUCAGCAUCAACGUCCAAGUUGUGGAGAAGUUUUUACGGAAACCUAGCUUAACUGUGUUGCCCUGUUCUGCGAUAAUCCGGGAGAAUAUGGUUGAGGCCAUCAUCAAAUAUUUCCCUUGUGAUAAGCCCGAGCCGGCCAGCUACUUCCUUCCUUCGUGGACUUCUCCAAGGUGUCCAACGGGAGGAUGCGAAAUCUGCGGGCCGAUCAACCAAUUUCUGCAGUCAAAUACAGAACAUCAUUACCACGUUCAGGUUUCAGAGGAAGAAUCCGAUCACUAUAGAAGACUUGACUUUGAACUAUCGAACUACCCUAACCCUCAAGCUACUCGCCUUUACGAAUACAGAUCAGAGAUUAAUGUGAGGUACCAUGACGGGUAUGCCCUCUCACCGGCAAAUUUUACGAUUAUAAAACUUGCGGAAGAAAGGUAUAGAAAGACGAAGAGACAGUAUGAUGCAACUAUCAAGGCGAGAAAAGAUAUGUUGAAAUUAAUACAGGAGCCGUUCAAUCAAUUUGGAAAAAUUGCAAGGGAGGUUGGUGACAGUUUUUCUCCAUCGGUAGAGAGCGAAGGCAGUACUGGUAACAAUACAACUGGUGAGCAAGCGGCACAAAUGGCUCUGGCUGAUGGUUUUGGCUGGCCUAUUGGCGGAGAUUAUGAAGAUGAUGACGACGAUUCAGACGAGGAAUCCUUCCUUUAG